GGGAGAAUACAAUGCACAGACCUCAAAGAGAGAGCUUUGUCAUACAAUUACUAAGUGGUCGUGAAGCUCUUCCUGAUCAGGCCAGCACUGUCCCUCCCAAGUUCAACUUUUCAGAUCAGAUGAAGCUCUUUAAUAGUUUCCGCAAGAUUCUCAUGCGACUAUUAUUCUCACUCCCUUCUCGCGGGUCUUCAGCUGCAUCCGGAAUGGCAGCGAGGCAAAAGAACUGCGACACAAACGUAUCUCAUGAGCCGCCAAAGACUUCAUGCAGCUCCUAUUACUCGUCUCACUCCCAUUACAACGAGGCCAUCGCCGACUGCAUUGAGUUCUUCAACAAAUCGUCGCAGGACGGGAUUUUGGACAGUCGUAAAUCCGAUGUUCAGGUUUGACUUACUUUAAUGAUAUAUAUCAUGUUUAAUUACCAAUGUUUCAGCUUUUCUUUUCUUGGUCUCUUUUCGUGCUUGCUUUGGGUUCUAAGCACAUUCAUACGGAAGAAGAAGGAAAA